AUGGCCACUAAGGCCCGGCCGGCCUUCGUCGAAGAUUAUGACGAAGAAUCCCAUGCCACUCGACCUAAUACUCGCAUGACUGCCAAUGCUACAGCCAACUCUGCUGCCAAAAUAGCCAGGUCGGAUCUAUUCCCAGAGCCGCUGAUCGACGGCGCAAGUGACUCAGGUUAUUCUAGUCGCACCGCUGCCACCGUCAACAGCACCCAAUCCGGCCCAUCGGGCGGACAAAGUCCCCCUCUUAAAUUGGAGUCCAAACGGGGCGACCUCGCCAGGAAGUCGUCCACCCGCAGAGAACGCAAGGAGGAACGAGUCAGACCGACGCGCGACGAGACAAUGGUUGGUGCCUAUUCGGGCGCCCAUCAUGCUCACGCGCCAAGGUCGUCGUCCAAGUCUCGUCGACAUGAAGCUUCUCAUGCCCGCUAUUAUAACGACCCAUACUACGACGCUCCUCCGGCUCAUUACCAUCAGUCCGACCACCGUCCAGUCGAAGCUCCCUUCUAUAUCCCACAGCGUCCUCCGGUCCCAGACUACGCACCGUCCCCACAGAGUGCCCGAUACCCCGCCGGCGUCAUUGAGAAUAUUCACGUCAACCAUCCGAGUCGACCCAGUCGCUCUCACACGUACCACACCUACCAUUCCAACGGUCGACCUAUGAGUUUCCACGGAAUGCCACCAGGGAUGGGGUCGGGAAUGGCAUCACCUAUCUACAGCCAGGCGCCCAUCCACGGCUACGAUUACCAUGGCCCUCCACCAUCUGGCUCGGCCUACAUGCACAACCAAUACUCAUCCUCUCCAUACGGAGGCUCCUACUAUACUCCAUCGGAGUAUGCUGCUCCCUCGGAAUAUCCACGAGAGCGAUCUGAGUCCCGGCACCGGGAGCCCCGUCCACGUGAGUCCCGUCCCCGUCGAUCUUCGUCGAUCUAUGGACACCCGCCCCCGGCCAUGGACUCAGGCGCCUACUCGCCCUGGUACGAUGACAGUGACCCCUUGGAGCGUCCCUUGGAGCGUUAUACUUCACGAGAGGCCUAUGGCCGUGCCUCAGCAGCGCACAGCCAGGACCCGGAUGAGGACUUCUACCGCAUGCCACCCCCACCACCACCUCCAAUGCCCAGGCCGAAGCCCAAGUCCGCCCCGCAGAUUCAUCAGCAGAAACGACCUGAGCCCCGCAAGGCCCAAACCAGCACUGCUGUGCCCUCGCAACGUCGCCCGUCCAGAGGCAUGGACCGUGGCAUGGAUCGAAGCAUGGACAGACUGGACAUGUCGGAUCUUGCAGCGGAGUUGCCAGUGGUGACGGAUCGGUCCCAUCGUCGAAUGUCAAGGGAGACUGCCCUGCCAGAGAGAACUCACAGCCUACGGAGCAGCCACAGACGGUCUACGUCCUACCAAGACGAUCGACGUGGCGCCCAGGUGGCUGUGGCAAGCUCUCGGCGGCGGCAGCCAACCACGUACUACUACGAUGAACCGUCGAGCAAUGCCGGUGACAUUCUGGAAGAUCGUGAGCGUGAAGUCGAGAACUACCAGGCAGCACGGUCCGGCAGAAACUCAACUGCCAACGUGCCUCUCUCCGCAGAGGCCAUGCUCCCCGCUCCCGCCAAGGCAACCACUAAUCGCCCGGGGAGUGAGAGUGGCAGCCAGAAGAGCCGGUCCAAUAGCAGCCGUGGCAGCGGCACAGGCUCAAGGCCAGAAGAAGACAAGAACAUGACCCUCAUGGUGAAUGGAGUGAAGAUGCAAUUUAACCACGAAACGAUUGCAGGGCAGUCCAUCAACAUUCGUGCUGGGGAGGCGGGCAACGCCGUGCGAUUGAACAUCGCUGGUGGGCCCCGACCCAAGCAGUAUUUGACUGGAUCUAACUCUGACUAUACGGGCGGCUCCAGCCGCCGGGACCCGGAAGAAUCACGACGAUCUCGAGGAGACACCCGUUCGGAGCGUGCACUUCGCCGUUCUAGCCAGUCUACCUACGGAAGUACUCGCUAUCAUUGA